AUGGAGACCUCUGGAGGAGGCAGCAACCCCAGUGGCAGAGCCGCGCCCUGGCCCUUGGCGCAGCUGCAGAAGCUUCAGACACGGGUGGCCUGCAGACGCCUGUCCCAGGCCCGCCACCGGGCCACCAUGGCAGGGCUCUUCAGCAACCUCAGGAAAACCAUUUACUCCCAGUCUGACUUCAUAGCCUCAAAGGCAACAGGGCUCUCCAGCCUGGUCUCAAAUUAUCAGAAGGGCUCCGUCACCUGGUAUGCAAUUGAGGCUGUUGGGAAGGAUGCUGAGGAGGAAGAAGAGGAGGAAGAAGAGGAGGAAGACCAAGAAGAAGAGGAAGAGGAGGAAGAGGAGGAGGAAGAGGAGGAGGAAGAGGAGAAAACAGUGGAGCUCUUACACUCCCCAGUCACCUUGUUGCCAGACCUCAUGGAAUUUGAACGGUAUCUCAACUUUUACAAGCAGACGGUGGACCUUAUGAUGGGGAACGAGAAUGUCUCCUAGCAGGAGGUGACACUCCCCAUCGUCUCUGCAGGCAUCUCCCACCUGUGGCAGAACCUCUCUGAGGAGAGGAAGGUCAGUCACCUGCAGGCCUGCGCGCAGAAGCACAGAGGCCUCUCGGGCCUCGCAGGGGCCUGUCAGGAGGCAGCCUGUGCUGAGGGCAGCGUGAAGGACAGUGGAGUCGACAGCCAAGGCGCCAGCUGGUCGCUGGUUUCCACCUCGGAGGAGAUGCUUUUUGAAGAUGCUUUCGACAUGGCAAGUGUCCUGGACAAAAGUGAGGUUCCAAGUGCAUCUAGCCCCAGUGUGAUGUUUGCCAACUGCGACCCAGAAAAUCCAGAGAAUUUUCAGUUCUAUAUGCAGAGCCCUGGCUGGACCUCACCCGGAUGGCAUCACAAGGAGCUACUGGAGCCAGAUAUUCCCAUUGAUGAUGAGAUGAUAAUGGUGAGGUGCAUGGAGACCUUUGACGAUGAAGAUUUGUGA